CUCAAGGGCUAAACCCACACCUUACGCACAAGUUGCAGAUUCCAAUUGACCUCUGGCUUGUUCAAUAGCCGCCACGCCAUUGAUGGAAGCGAAAGAAUUUAUUGAGCUCUUUGAUUCGUGCUGGUUUGAGAUGGAAAUCUUCAAGAAACAGUCAUGUUUGUCAAAAUCAUUAGGUGUUGAUGCUAACCCAGAUCACCGAAAUCAGGAAGAAGCACCAAAAUCGGAGCUUUACAGAGUCCCAACCAUCAUUUCAAGGUCUAUGAGCGAUGAAUUGUGGCCCAAAACGAGGUUUGGUUCUGAUCUCUCCCUCUCGCCGGACUCAGUCCUCCUCACGCCAAAGCUCCAUACAAUCCUUUCAAGCAAGGAGAUCACAGAAGAAGAGGGAGCAAAUUUGAUGUCGAUACAGACACAGAGAGUAUAUGUUAAAGAGACACCUACGAUAAAGUCGAGAAGCAGGAGAAGAGCGAAGAAGAAGUUGAGCAAAAGCUUGUCAGAAUUGGAAUUUGAAGAGCUAAAAGGGUUUAUGGAUUUGGGUUUUGUUUUUUCCGAGGAAGAUAAGGAUUCAAGCCUGGUUUCAAUAAUUCCAGGGUUGCAAAGAUUGGGAAAGAAAGAAGGGGAGGAAAAUGGUGGUGUUGACGAGGCUACAGUUUCAAGACCUUAUCUUUCUGAGGCAUGGAAUGAUCUGGAAAGGAGAAAGAAAGAGGAUCCACUUGUGAAUUGGAGAAUUCCUGCUUCGAGCAAUGAGAUGGACAUUAAAGAUAAUCUUAAAUGGUGGGCUCAAACUGUUGCAUCAACUGUUAGAUAACAGAGAUUUCAGAUUCAAAGGUUGACAGUUUUGUUUCUGUAAUCAGAUUGAUUUGUUUAGGCAAAUGUUGUGCUAUGAUUUUAGUUGUUUUCUGCAGCAGUUCUACUACUUGUAAUUGUAAAUAAAAGUAGAUUGUUGAUCA